GCCACUUAUUUUGUAUACAGUAUUGUACAGAAGUUAGCAAGCUGCGCCCCAGGAUCGGCAGCGAAGAAUCCCGCUCCCCGGACAGGCGCUUUCCCCAUCUUCACAGAGGUUCGCGGGCUUCACUUAACUGCCCGAAGCCUGCUGAGUUGGUCCAGUUGCCCAGUUCCUGGGCUGCGCCGAACGAACCACUUGCGCCCGGCACACGCGCGGCUGACCGAAGGGGGGUCCAUUCGCCUAAUCGUGGGAACUCCGCCAGGGCCGGCCGUCGCUUUUCUACCGGCGCAGAAAAAGGGGAAGGGGAAGGGAAAGAGAGGAAGUGGUCGCCGCCUCAGCCGGCCGUUCUCGCCGAGGCGCCAGAACCGUCGCGUCGCCGUGGUAGGAGCCUGUCUCCCCACAAGCGCCGGAAGGAGGCUGGAGCAGGACCUCCGGCUGACUUGCCGGCCAUAAGGAGGCAGCUCGACUUGUCUGAGGUGAAGCUCGGCAUGGCGGCGGCCGCCCCAGCAGAACAACACUCUGAUGCUUGCAGUGUGCUGAUUGUAUAUGGAAAAGAUGCUGAUGAAUGGUGUCAGUAUCUUCAGAGUCUCUUGCACUCAUGCCAAGCAAUUCAGAGCUAUAAAGUGGAGAACAGAGCUUCUAUUUCCAUGGCGGAACAGGUUUCCUUCAAGAACAGCAAGUGUAUAAUUAUUCUACUGUCAUCUGAAUUGGUACAGAGCUUCUGUAUUCCUGCUGUACUUCAGAGUCUGCAAAAUAUUCUACAACCUCCAUCAAAAGUGGUGAAAUUUUUCUGUGGUGUUUCAGCAUGUGAGAAUUACAAUGAGUUUUUCAAAGACUGGUCUCAAUGGAAAGAGCUUACCUAUGAUGAUGAACCAGAGGCUUAUGUUGAUGCAGUCAUAAAUGUUAUUUCAGAAGCAGAUUCUGGUUGUGAUUCAGUGGCUGAUGCAAAGAUGGAGGAUGCUGGGCGUCUACAAGUGUCAUACACUGUUCCAGCCUGCCAGGCAUAUGAAACUUUAGUGACCAGAUUAGAAAAUCUUGUUGCAGUGCAGCCUGAUCGUAUACGCUGUGGGGUGCAGACAACCAUUUUUAUAAUCCUAAAGUGUAAAUUGGAUAGACAAAUAAAAAUGGAAGUAGAGUUUUCUUCUAAGAGCUGUCAGCCACUGCGACUAUCAGCAAGUAUCGAGAAUGAGUAUACAGUCUCCGUUUACGCACCGGACUUAUCACCUGGAACUGUAUGUUUGAAACUGUUUUCUGGAGAUUUAAUGAUAGCUGAAUCAAACAUCAAUUACUAUACUGACAUGGAAGAAAUUAGCAACUUGUUGUCUACUGCAGCAAAUCCAGUGGAAUUCAUGUGUCAGGCAUUUAAGAUUGUACCUUAUAGCACAGAAGCUCUGGACAAAAUUCUCACAGAAUCAUUGAAAAAAAACCUUCCUGCCAGUGGUUUGCACCUCUUAGGAAUCAACCAAUUGGAAGAAGAAAAUAUUACUAGUCAAAGAGAUGAAGAGCUACCAACUCUGCUGCACUUUGCUGCAAAAUAUGGUUUAAAAAAUCUCACAGCCCUGUUGCUUACAUGCCCAGGAGCUCUGCAGGCGUAUAGUGUUGCCAACAAGUAUGGUCACUAUCCUAACAACAUUGCUGAAAAGCAUGGCUUCAAAGAUCUCCGCCAAUUCAUUGAUGAAUAUGUGGAGACAGCAGAUAUGCUGAAAACUCACAUAAAAGAGGAGUUAAUGCAGGGGGAGGAAGAUGGCUCUAUUUAUGAGUCCAUGGCUCAUGUAUCUGCUGACCUACUGAUGAAAUGUUCGCUGAACCCCAGUUGUGAUGAAGAACUCUAUGAAUCCAUGGGUGGUUUGAUCCCCAGCUCUACAGAGGACUUAUAUGUAGAAAUGCUUCAGUCAGAUGCUAAUAAUCCUCUUUCACGGACAACCAAGGACUAUAUGAUGCGCAGAUUCUUAGAAGGUGUUAAUUUGGAGAUACCAGAACCUAAAGAAGGUAUCUACCAUCAAAGUGAAGACAAAGAUGUCUACCAUACUGUGGAACAAGACAGCUUUCCCCAGGAAAUGGUCAACAGGCCACCUGUUCCUAUUCCAAGACCUGAUCCCUCCUCCAUACAUCAAGACAAAGAACCAUACAUUUAUAAAGUAUUUGCAGGAAAAGAUCAAGAGAAAGCUGGGAAUCUUUAUGUUUCUGCAAAAAAUAUUGGCAAAGAACAAAUAAAUAGAGUUUCAAACCAGCCUCAACAGAGUAUGUAUGACCCAUUUGCUGGUAUGAAGACUCCAGGUCAGAGACACCUGAUUACUCUACAAGAGCAGGUGAAGUUGGGGAUGCUCACUGUAGAUGAAGCUGUCCUGUGUUUCAAAGAGUGGCAGUUAAAUCAAAAGAAGAGAGCAGAAUCAUUUCGCUAUCAACAGGAAAAUCUAAAACGGUUACGUGAUAGCAUCACUCGACGACAGCUUGAAAAGCAAAAGGCUGGGAAGCAUGCAGAUUUGGAAAUCACUAUACCAGUUGGACAUUCUCAGAUUAUGCCAAAGAAACCAGAGUGUAGCAUUUAUGAAUAUAGUCCGAGAAAAAAUCUUUUCCCAGUAAGCAAAGAGAUAAAGCGAGGUGACUGGAAAACAGAAAGCACAUCAAGUACUGCAAGUAAGCAAGCAGGCAGUUCAAGUAACCGAUCAAGUACCCGAAGUCUAUUGAGUAUCAGUAGUGGAAUGGAGGGUGACAAUGAGGAUAAUGAGAUACCUGACAUGAAGAGAACCUUGCAGAUAGACAACCAACUUUCCAUUUCAUUUGGAAGACCACCAAGAAUACCUCCUCGAGUUGCUAGCAGAUUGUCAAACACUGACAACUUCCAUCCACCACCUGUGCCUCCAAGAGGUCGUGAUAAGUUACACUAAAUCUUUUGGAUAUUAAAAACUGAAACAUGAGAAAGCAGAACUUUUAUUCUUCAAAAAGACUUUUGAAUGGUUAUGCUGUAACUCUAAUCAGCAUAUCAGUUCACCCCUUGUAAAUCUCAAAUGAAUAAUUUUGGUCAAAUUUACUCUAAAAAUUGAAUCAACAAAAUUUCAGCAUUUAGAACAAAUAAACUAUUAGAACAUCAAAAAAUAUGCUGAACUUAUUAGAAUUCUUAGAUUCUAAUUACACCAGACUAAAGGUAUCUCAAUCAUUUCUCACAUAUUUUAAAACUUCAGAAAGGAGUAGCUACCGGCAGAUAUUUUUUGUCUGUUUAUCUACAAAUAAAGUAGCCGGUGAUGAUGCUCUGAAAAUAUUUACUCAUUGUAGAUAACUAUAUUUUCACAAUAUAGUGAAUCUAGAGUGCCUUGCAUUGUACAGUGCAAUUCAUUUGAAAUUUGUCUAAUUUCUUAAUGAUUUUAUUAUAAUUUCAUAUUCACAAUUGUCUAAUUGAUGCCUCUGGUUAUUGUUCCAGUAAUACUAUACUGAGAAAUUGGGGAGGAUUUUUCUUUUCAGAUUGUAUAGCUUAAAUCAAAGAGUCUCUAUAUGAGUCAUCAAUAUGAGUCUUGAAUCUGUAUUAUUUCUGUGAGAAUAUGCCAAGAAGUACUUAGCAGACCAUGAAUAUAAAGAAACUUGGUGUUUAUUUUUGAACUUCAAUAAAAUUUGUGCACCAAUCUCAACUGACAGGGAUCACAUCAUUACUAGAAGAGAUUCUUGUUCCCAUUGUAAACAGACUGUAUCCAAAAAGGCAGCUAGCCGUGUUGGUUUGUGAGAAAGUGUAAUAACCCAGCAUGAGAUGGAAUUAACUUAACAAGGUGGAGCAGCUGCGAGACCCUAUUUGCAUUCAGUUUCAGGUAAUCCUUGAGACGUCAGUUGGGACCAGAAUUUCAUUUCUAAGUGAUACAAUCAUAACGUGUGACAUCACUAGACAACGUUGCGUAGCAAUAGAAGUUCUGGCACUUCCAAUUGCCAUCAUUAAGCAAAUCAUCAU